AAUAGUCAUUAAAUUUUAAUAAUUUUUUGUAUAAAAAGUUUAAAAUAUUAUUUUAUUAUUAAUACGUUAAUAACUGGUUAUCUAUUUAAUAAAUUCAUUAUAUUUGAAACUGAAAAUAUUGAAAGAUGAUUUAUACAUUUAAAAUAUUACUGAUUGUAAGUUACACUGUAUCAGCUUUAUGUGCCCCAAAUGGUUUCAAUUGUGGAUCAUCAUCUUCAAAAGAACAGAAUGAAAAUCCAAAUAAUAAUGAAGAUACACCUAAAGAAUACGAUGACACACCGAAGUGUAACCAGCGCUCAAUUGGAAAUGUUAACGAUUCGGUAAGUGUCAUUCAAAUUGUUGGGGCUCAGAUGAAAUCAAUAUUAUUAUUAUCAAAAAUAAACGAUAGUAAUGAGAUUAUUUAUAAGGACUUUGUUGAAGCAAUUCGGUUAAUAAUGGAUUUUGAUAUCAAAGCGACUAUGUCUGAUAGUGAUUACAAGAAUAUAGAAAAUUCAGUAGAGAAAAUUGAUAAUUUAAUGGAAUUCUUUUAUAAUGAGUAUAGUUAUACUAUGUGGAAAUUAAAUCGAAUGCUGAAAUCGUCACAAUGUAAUGGAGCUAUUCUUGUGAACGAAGUACGUCGAAUAUUUUCAUUGUAUAACUUAGAUACAAAUAUACAAGACAGAAUACUGAAAAGAUUGGUAAUACAAAAUGACUGUGUUAUAUAUGAUGAUAUCAUAAAACAUUUAUUAUGAAAUAGUAGUACAUUAUUGGCGUGUAAAGAUAGAUAAAUAAACUGCUAUUCGAGUAUUUAUUGUUUUAAUUAUUAUUGUUUAAUAAAUUUCAAUCUGACUACGUAAAA